AUGGAGAAGGCAACAACGUCUGCAGAGCGUACUGUGGAGAGCCCCUUGGUUGGUAAAAGAAAAAGCAGUAGCUCAAUCAUUUGGAGAUGGUUCGGAUACAAAUUGUCUGACGAGCAACAAAACCAAGCUAUAUGUAGGGAGUGCCAUAAGCACUUUGCAGCCAGUGGUGGAAGCACUACGAAGCUUUUUCAUCACUUAAAGACGUGGAACAAAGUGCAAUAUGAAGAGUGUGUGAAACUGCGCGCUGCAGAAGCCACAGGCACAAGCCGUCCCCAACCCGACAAAGCUCCAGCCCCAAAACAAAGCUCACUGCAAGCUUCAUUUUCCCGCUUUGUGCCGUAUGAGAAGAAAAGCGACAAGUGGCGUGCAAUAACAAAGGCGGUGUCCUUUCACAUUGCCAAAGACAUGGUCCCUGUUGCAACAGUGGAACAGGUCGGGUUCAAAGAGCUAAUUAAAAAGCUGGACCCGAGAUACGAGCUUCCCAGUCGAAACUAUUUUGCACGAGAAGCACUGCCGCAAAUGUAUAGUGAAGUCAUGAACGUUGCAGGCCGGCUCGCUAACGUCACCCAUUUUGCGUUGACCAGCGAUAUGUGGUCAAGCAGGACGUGUGAGCCUUAUAAGAGCGUGACAGUUCACUUCAUGCAAGACUGGGAGAUGAAAACAGCUUGUCUCCAAACAAGUUAUUUUCCCCAGGAUCACACCGGACAUGGCUUGAAUGACAAGCGCGUCACCCGGGCCAUUUCUCUGUGCAAGAGAAUUGUAAGCUGUUUUUCGUACAGCUGGAAGAAAAGGAGCCAGCUUGCUGAAGUCCAGAUUCGGCUGGGUCUGCCAAGUCACCAACUCAUAACCGAGUCUGCCACACGCUGGGGAUCAAGGCAGCAGAUGAUCCAGAGAGUCCUGGAGCAGGAAGGCGCACUGGCCAAAGUCCUUUCUCAAAGUCUCCUGGCAUGUGAAGAGGGUGACAGUGAGCUUUGCAAAUCAAUCAAGACCAGCAUCGUUGAGUACCUCAACAGCAAGUAUUCUGACCCAGCCACUACUGACCUAUUGGAGAUGGCUUCAUUUGUGGAUCCAUGGUUCAGGGCCACCUACAUCCUGAGUGAAAAAGUCGAUGCAUUGAAGCACAGAGCUGUCUUGGAGGUGGAGACACUACUGGCUGAUCAGAGCAGCGGUCACCUGACACCUGACCUACAUGUGCCCAUUGUGCCUGAGCCUGCAGAUGGAGAAGCAACAGUAGCACCAAAAGCUAAGAGGACACUGGCAAGCUUCUUCAGGCAGCGCACAGCCACCACCACUGCACCAACCAAGAGGGGGGCUAUUGAAAAUGAACUGUCAAGUUACUUGCAGUCAGCAAGUGUGGAGAGUGACACUGAUCCACUCAAGUGGUGGAAGGAACAUGAAGUUGUCUUUCCAGCUCUGAGCCACCUGGCUAAAAAGUAUCUCUUGGUACCUGCUACCAGUUCCCCCUUCCGAAAGGGUUUUUAG